UUUCGCGCUGCUCUCGACGACAAUGGAGCUGCUUUCCCACUGGAGCGUUGAGCAAGCACGAUCCCCCUCUUCUUCGCUGGAUCCCGGCUGACUGAUCGUCUGCGAACCUAAACCUCGUGUCCUCCAGCUCACUUGGUGCCCCUCGUCUUCAUAAAAGCACCACCGAUCGUUGCGUUUCAGAUUUUCGCUAAAGAGAAGGAUGCAGAGUCUGGCGAUGAUAAUGUCCCCAACAUUGUGGGUGGGCAGGGAGGAGGAGGAGCAGGGGUGAAGUUUAUUGCUGCGCUGGAGUCCAUGCAGGAGUUGGUUUCUCUUGGGCGUCUGUGUCUGCGUCAGGAUUGGCCUUGGUGGGGCUGGGAUCUUGCAUCCAGCAUGGUACCAUCCACCCAACGCAACAGAAUCCCCACAUCCCACACCACACCACACCAUACGGCUCGCCAACAUCGUAGCCGAUGCUGACGCUGCUCCUGCUUGACGCCUUGCGGUCAGCGCAAGUCUCUUAUACCUCGUCAAUGUGAUGCGAGUGCAUAUAAAACGCUCGCUUCGUUCAUCCAUUUGUGGCGUCUCGAGAAUUGACCGUAGCCCAGCCCUUGCCCUUUGCCCUACCACCCAGCACGAUGUUUGGAGCACCGUCGAAAAGCGCACAGACCAAGUCUGCGCACAUCACGUCAGCGCCGCGCGGGUUCUCGGUGCGCGUCUUCAAAACACCCGUCAUCUCCUCGAGCUUCGCGCACACGGCCGCUGCCAAGUUCGACGUCGGGUACUGCGCGCCCAGCUGGUACGGGCUGUCGGGUGCGGCAUCCGGCACCACCACCUCCACCAACAACAACAACCCACACCCGAAUCCGCACCACCCCAACCCUGCACUGCUCAGCUCAGGCCGGCCCCUGCAACGGCAGUUCUCUAGCAGCGGGGCAACGCACGCGCAUGCUUUUCUGGCGGCGGAUUUCAUCUAUGAGCGGUCGGUUUCCUCGCGGUCCGACCUGACCGACACCGAAACGGGCAGCGGAAGCGUGACGGAGAGCAGCACGCCGACGUCGAUCGUCACGACCGAGUCGUCCCCGUUUUCGCGAGACGUCCCAGUCGUUGAGCGCAGCAUUGAGGGAGAGGAUCCGGAGACUACGCCGACCCCGCAGCAUGCGAGCGUCCCGGUGCCGACGACCCGGUUUCCGUCCCUCGCACAGGCGCAGUCGGCGCUAAGAAGCUUUUUCGACUAUGCGGCGCCUGCGAUCAGUCGCAGCGCAUCGCAGCAGCAGCAACAUUCCCAGCAGAUCCCGCCGCCGCUGCCCGUCCCAGUCCCAGCAGAAUUGCCGAGAAUGAUGCCCACCUCCUCGAACGGUCCUGUCCAAUUGCCGAAUGGAGAGCGCAUGUAUCCUCCGCCUCCGUCUGAGUCGGAAGUGGGCGAGGCCCAGCGACUUGCUGAGCGAAAUGCGCAAGAAUUCAAUUCAGCGGGGUCCGCUUACUACCAGGCCGGAUUCAGUCUUACCCCGACGACUACCCCUCGCCAUGCACCUCAAAUCUACACCUCGGCACCGUCCACUGCGUCCUCGUCCAGCACCCUCGUCGAACCGAGUCGUCCUCGGCCCCGGAGAGACUCGCUGUCGGGAAGAUAUGAGCAGAUGAAUGUCCGGCAGCGCGAGGCUUACAUGAGCGCGUUUGCCCGCGGACCGAUGGAGAUUCCGUCUGUUGUGCGGUCUGACGAUGGAGAUUCGGACCCGCCGGAACGGACCCGAAGGAACUCCUCGUCGGGCGCUAUGCACAGCUCGGUGCCCGUGUUGCCCAGCGAACGUCAGCGAGAACGGAGUAGCAGCCGGUCUCCCCAGCAGGCCCCCGCACGGCCGUCAAGCACGCCGCCGCUCCCGCGCAUCGACACGUCUGUGCACGUGCCGAGGAUGCCCCCGCCGAUGCCCCCGCUGCCUGUUCACACCGCUCCAGCUCCAUCGCCAGCUCCAUCCAUGGCACGCACGAGAACCCCCAUGGCUGGCCCACGCGGCUUACCUGCCGAGCCUCAGCGCCGGCGAUCGGAUGGUGACCAGCCACUCCGGGCCCCGGGACCAGCGCCGAUGCCUUGCGCGCAGCCCGAAAUGGAUGGGUCGGCCGCUGUCGGGUCGCGACCGACGCGACCAGGUGCAACACCCCUUGAUCCGCAGCGGCGGCGUUCCGACGGAUUCCAGAACGUCGUUCCUCUUCCCCAGCAGUCGCAGCAGCAACAGGGCGGGCCCCGCAAUGUGCGCUGGACGGACAACCUCGUCGCGCCGUCGCCCGUUCUCGCCAACCAGCGUCGGAAGGGAUGGUUCAAUCGCCGGGGGGACCAACUCUGGACGAAUGACGGUGCCUACAAGCCCUCGCCCCCCGGGCAAGAAUACCCGCCCGAUCUCCGAGAUUAUCCGGCGUAUGGAAAUGGCUGGAUGAACGAGGAGGGUGUGCGGAUUGACAUGGGUCACCGGCAUAUGCCCAAGGCUCCCCUGCGCAGUGCGCUCAAGCAGCGAAUUGUCAAUAUCCAACAUGAGUAGAUCUUCUAUGAAGCAUGUAUUAUGUCCACCACCACUAUCUAUCUAUGUACGCCGUAUGUGACCUCACUUUAUCUCUGUAUCGUAUCAACAUGGAUGAAAUUAUGCACGGAGCAAGAUUACUCCAGUCUUGCUGUAUUGUCGUCGUGCAAUGGGAGAUCCGUCAAAUAAGGCUUGGGCACGAGUUUGUAAGGUAUAAGACUCCAUUCGCCUGAGUUGACGUGUCAAGGCAUCGGCGCAUAAUGUUUGUGGUUGUAGACUCGAGCCGACGGGCUUGCGACUGGAGACCCACGUGUCAAAAAAUGGCACGCUACGGAAUUUGCCGACGCCUCCUGCAUUUCGCGAAUACCCGUUUUCCUUGCACGCUCUCUGUCCAAUCGACCCAUUUUUGCAUGCGCAAGGGAAUCUUGAACGGUCUUAGCAUCGUUCCCAAGCAAGCUAUCCCACCGUCGCGUCAUGCUGUAGACGUGUCUGUCAACUGCGUCAGUCGAGACAAGCUGCUAGUGAGACUGGGACCGUUGAUGGAUGCUCCACGGAAGCUCACUUGGGAGUGGAGAAGCCAGAGAAUUGCCGAGAGAACUCCAAGCGGAUUCGAACUCCUCCCACAGGCUACGACCAAUCCCAACGCUGCCCUCUGCAAGGUCUUCUCCCCUCCUCGUGGCCGGCCGCUCGUUGCUGUCGAGGCCGUUUUCGCAGUGAACUCCCACUUCCAGCUGUUCGUCUUCAGCGAGUUAGCCAGAUCUGGUACACCUCCAUCUCGUCUCUGUGUGUAAGAGAACACGCUAUCGCUGAAGUUCAGCAUUGUAUCCGUAGGACAGCAGAGACAAGCGCAGACAAACGCGCAAGAUGUCCCUUUCCGGAAGCGGCACAAACACCUCGAGAUCACUGGCCUAUGUUUUAUCUCCUGCUCUAAACUUGUGAUACGCUGCGGGCUGCGGAUGGGCUUCGAUGAGCCUGAAGAGGUC